UGUCCGCAGUCAGUCUAACACUGCACGAUUUGGUCGUGACCCACAAACAGCGCGUUACUUGUUCGCCGUAAUAUCUCAUUAGCAAAAUUCAAAACUGCAGGGGUACUUGAUUCGGCUCAACCAUCUCCAUAGCUACGCCUACAAGCUCAAAGCUAGAGAAGGAAGGCAGCAGGCAGAAUAUGUGGAAGCGCGUGGUUUCACUUUCUUCAUUGAUCUCCUAUUCGAAAUCAAAGGCAACAUAUGGAGUGAAGAUCUGGAAUUCACCUUCUACUCUGAUAUCCACUCCGGUAUAUUAUGGAACUUUGUUCAAAGAGAAAAACCCAUUGAUAAUUUUUGUCUUAGGUGGUCCUGGUAGUGGAAAAGGUACACAAUGUAUAAAGAUAGCUGAGACUUUUGGAUUCACACAUCUUAGUGCAGGGGAGUUGUUAAGAAAAGAAAUCAACAGUGAAAAUGGGCACAUAAUUUUGGACACAAUUAGAGAGGGCCACAUUGUUCCUUCAGAGUUGACAGUCAAUCUGAUUAAAAAGGCGAUGGAAUCAAGUGACAACUAUAAAUUUCUUAUUGAUGGUUUCCCUCGAAAUGAGGAGAACCGUAUAACAUUUGAACGAAUUCUUGGAGUAGAACCGAACGCUGUGCUUUUUUUUGAUUGCCCGGAAGAAGAGAUGGUAAAACGAGUCCUAAACCGUAAGGAGGGUCGAGUUGAUGAUAACAUAAAUACAGUCAAGACACGUCUUAAAGAAUUUUCAGAAUUAAAUCCUCAUGUUAUUGACUACUACACCAAGAGAGGAAAACUGCAUAAAAUCAAUGCAGUAGGAACAGUAGAUGAUAUUUUUGAUCAAGUUCGCCCUGUUUUUGCAGCAUGUGAGGCAAUGAAAUGAAGGAUAGUCCUGAAAAAGUAUGAUUAUUGUAAAAUUCAUGGUAUUCAGUUGAAGUUACUAUAGCUUAUCUGGCUAGGAUCACUGCUUCAGUGGAGAUGGUAUGGAAGCCGUUACUUUCUCAAUAGGGGUAAAAUUUCCAAGUUAAAGGAGUCGAGGAAUUUGAAGGUGACGAGCAUUUGUCUACUGUGAUAGUGAACCUUGGCUGUGCAAUGACGCCCUUGCCACUUGUUAUCUGUUAAAUAUUUAUAAUUCAAGAAAAGCCAAGUUCACAAAAUAUGUUUCAGAACUCAUAAAAAAACAGGUCAUAAUUAUAUCAAUUUAGUUGGGAUGGCACAUUCUACUAUUUUGCAGCUUUUAUGUUGCGUUGUUUCUGCAUGUUAUGCGAAGAUAAUUUCUUUGACGUUGCUUUUUAUUCUCUGAUAAUGUAAUGAUACAGGAUGAGCAGGUUUCCUCA